AUGAGGCUUUUUGGCAAGAAAAAGAAGCAAAACAUGAAACCUGAAGAGGUUUUGAAAACCAUGGAAUCUCUCAGAAAAACAAUAGAAGAUAUAGAAAAGCGCUCCACACUACUCCAAAACAAAGCGCAAAUGGAACUGCAAAACGCCUUGCAAAGGAAAAAGCAAGGCGACCGUGCAGGUGCGUUAAUUUCUUUGAAGCGCAAAAAAAUGUAUGAAACUGAGGCUUCUAAACUUGAGGGAUCUCGAAUGAACAUCGAACAACAGCUAUUUGCCAUAGAAGGCGCAAGCAUGAAUAAAAACAUUUUUGAUUCUUUGAAAACAGGAAACCAGGCUCUAAAACAAGUUCAUGGGGAAAUUAAAAUAGAAGAUGUGGAUAAGCUGAAAGAUGAGAUGGAAGAACAGCAAGAUUUAGUGCAAGAGCUAAACGAAGCUAUUUCGCAGCCUAUUGGAUUUAUGUCGACUGUUGAUGAAGAUGAUUUGCUUAAAGAACUAGACGAAAUUGAAGCCCAAGAGUAUGAAAGAGACCUGAUUGAAGCUGAGCCCAGCCAAAAAGCAAUGGUGAGGCCAGUGGUAGAGCAACCGAGCCUAGAGCUACCAGGAAAAGAGCAACCACAGGUUUUAAGCAACUUUGCUGGCCCACAACCUCAGCAACCCGUGAAAGCAGCUCAAAAUAACGAAUUGGACGAACUUUUUAACUCAAUGCAAAUGUAA